CACCCCUCUGUCAGACAGUGACGUAACCUCACAGCUAACGUUAGACGGACGGUGUGAAGCUCCGGGCACAGAGACAUUGUUGACGUUUUUGUUUUGAUAGCUUUUGUCUGGAUUUUUGGACAUUACGCCGACAUUUUGAAGCCCGCCUUUCGACUCUACCAUCACGCCUCAGUGCGGGGAUCCAGCAAAGAUGAAAUGGAUGUUUAAAGAGGACCAUUCCCUCGAGCACCGAUGUGUGGAGUCAGCCAAAAUACGCAACAAAUAUCCUGACAGAGUACCGGUGAUAGUGGAGAAGGUUUCCGGCUCUCAGAUAGUGGACAUUGAUAAGAGGAAGUACCUGGUGCCGUCUGACAUCACAGUGGCCCAGUUCAUGUGGAUCAUCAGGAAACGCAUCCAGCUGCCUUCAGAGAAAGCCAUCUUCCUCUUUGUCGACAAAACUGUCCCUCAGUCCAGUCUGACUAUGGGGCAGCUGUAUGACAAGGAGAAGGACGAGGACGGCUUUCUGUACGUGGCCUACAGCGGAGAAAACACCUUUGGUUACAAGGCCUUUUAUACAACACGGGGUUAAUGCUUCAGCGACUACCAGUCUCUCUCUAACACAUACAUACACACACACACACACAUACAGUGACACAGUAGAGCCGACAUAAACUGGUGCACAGUGUUUCAAAUAUUGGCCUUUUCAUGUGUUAAUGCACCUAAACACUUGGCACAGUUAUUUACGGUCGAUUUUUGAUACUAGAAAGAACACAUUUAUGGUGAAAAUUAACUACGCCACCCAGUAAACUUGCUCUGAUUUUUUCUGACAGGCUCGGAUGAUCAUUAUUGUCAAGAGAUACUUGACUUUAAUGGUGUGUCUUUUGUUGUGGUUACUGUUUAAAGGUCAGCUGUGGAAAGAAUAUCUUUAACACUGCCGAAAAAUAAGAAUAACAAUGCACAUUACAGGCAUGUCAGAUAUCAUUAAUUUCCCAAGUAUCGACAUUAGUAUUAAAAUAAAAAAAUAUAAUAAUGUAGGCUCUGACAGACACACAAACACACACACAUAUGCCAAUCAUCACUCAUCAUUUAAUCACGCUACCCUUUCUUUCUUUGUUGUCACAGAUAUUUGUGUUCAGCUGAGGUGAGAAAGAAACCCUAUAACCAUGUGACUAGAAUCAUUAACCACGUUAUGGAUGUAUUUGUAUGGCUCAUCAUAUCAUGUAUAAAACGUCAAUAUUUAAUGCCACAGGUACACUCAGCACUACGAUAGGCUAUGAGAACAACUAUAAGCAUGUGACAGAAAGCAGCUCAUGAUGGUGGAUAACUGUCAGCUGCCAGUACGGAGAGUGUCCAGCUCAGGGACAGGGACCAGCACCAGUCCCCAGGAUGUUGCUGAGUGCUUCCCAGUCUGGCUGUUACGUAUUUACACAUUAUGUUGGCUGAAUAGAUGUCAGCACCACCCAGGUUUCAGACUCAUGAUACCAACAGCAAGCCAUGAACCUCAGUGACCUGUUUCAGAAACCCAACACUUUACUUGAAGUUUGUUGUGUUGAACUGUGAUGUUUUUAUGUUGUGAUCACAGCUCAACUAUCUGGAAAUUAUAAACACUUGACAGGGAAACUCACUCAGAUGCUAAACAGGGUGAGUGAAUAGGUUAAGUUCAAUUAUUCUAAGAAUAUGUUCAUGAAUUGUCACAUAUACUCCAUAGAUAAUAUAUUAAACAUUUGCCAACAAAGCAAAAUAGUGGAAUUCAGGGUUGGGCUGGUGCAAAAAUCUUCAAACCUGUUUGGACCAGACCGGUAUCCCGAAUUUUACCAGCUGUCCCACUUGAUUUAGCAGCCACUCCAAAGCUCCUGAGUCCUACAUUUGUAACAUUUUAUGUUGUGAUAUUGACUGGAAGUACCAUUCUACGUAGCCAACUGCAAGUAGGUUGUU